UGUGUUGACAGCCAAUUUACAUUCCUGGUUUCAGGGAGAAGGACUCAAAAAGUUCCCAGUAUGAGCUGCGUGUUCAUAAAUGAUUCCUUAAACAUGGUGGAUCCAGGAGGGAACCACACCGGAGGAAACCAGAUCCUGCCGAUGGGGACAAACUUCAACCAGAACAAAGGCUUUCCUGUCCCUGGUGCCAGGCCAGCAGAAUACGCCCAGAAUGUGCACAAGAAGACAGUGAAAGAACUGCUCAUGAUGAGACGCCAGAAAUGGAACUGCUUGCACGACGAAAACAACAUGAUCCAUAAGUCGAAAUCUCCAAAAUCUGAAACUUUCAGCAGCGACCUGAGUCCACACCUGCUGGAACCUGCAGGACCAGUUCACUACGAUGUUUUUACCAGUGAUUUCCUCUUUGCCUCUCAUGAAAACGGCCACAUUCCCCAACAACAACAACCGCAACGUCUGGCUCUGCAGGGACAAAUGGCCCCGACUGGUGAAGUGAAAAUGACUUUAUUUCACUGGCAAAUACAGCGAGAGAUGCAGAAGAUAGGAGGAGUUUCUCCUGAGGUGCUGGCCAUGCAAGAUGCAGAUGGUGACACAUAUCUUCACAUAGCAGUGGCACAAGGUAGACGGGCUCUGGCUUAUGUGCUCGCUUCAAAAAUGGCUCAGUCUGGCUCUCUGGACAUGAAAGAGCACAACGGACAGACGGCUCUUCAGAUAGCAGCUGCCACCAAUCAGCACCUCAUCGUCCAAGACCUGCUGCAACAUGGAGCCCAGAUAAACACUCGAGACUUCUGGGGUCGUUCUCCUUUGCACCUGUGUGCUGAGAAAGGCCAUUUUCUCAGUCUUCAGAGCAUCUGGAGGACUCUAAUGGGGAGUGGGCAGUCGAUUGAUAUUGAAAUGUUCAAUUAUGAUGGUCUAACUCCGCUACAUGCAGCAGUCCAGUCUCACAACGGUGCUGUUAGAGAGCUGAGGAGUCUGGGGAAUCCUGUUUCCUACAUGGUGAAGGAGCUGGUGCAGAGGACCAAGAUGUAUGUUGAGUGUAUUCAGACUUUGCUGCUCAUGGGCGCCUCCUGUAGGACAAAGGAUCUAAAAAGUGGAAGAACGUGUCUUGUCAUGGCAGCUGAGGAAGCAAAUGUGGAGCUGCUAAGCAUUUUCCUUGACCAGCCGACUUCACUGUCAGUUGUAAAUGUGAAGACAUUCAGUGGAAACACAGCCCUGCACAUUGCCAGCUCUUUGCAAAAGCACGCAGCUCAAGUGGAAGCAGUGAAGCUGCUGAUGAGGAAAGGCGCCGACCCCGGGGCCAGGAACCAUGACAACGAGCUGCCGUCUCAGCUGGUGCCUGAAGGACCCAUUGGUGAAAAGGUGCUGCAGGUUCUGAAAGGGAGAUAUUGUCAUGCUUAAGUGCUCAAACCCACUGUCAGUCAGACGGUCGAAUAUAUUAUCAUAUUAUCAUUUGCCAUAACAAGGCAGAUGCUUGUUGUUUCAAGGAAACAUGAAAAUAUUGUUCAUUACCAUGUAAUGUAAUGUAAAAGAGAAAGUGAGGAUAUGAAUAAUUACACUUUAUAAUAGCAGUAAAAUCAUGUUGUUCAUUAAUUAGUAAGUUUAACUAAUGCAGGACUCAUGAUUUAAUGCAUGAAUUAAUGCAUUCAUUCUUUGUUAACAAUCUGUAAUACAUUAGUUGAUAUGCGAUCAAAUUAGUAUUUGUUUUUACAGGAAUAUGAAGCAUAAAUUCAUGCAUUUGCACCCUUAUUAAAGUGUCACCUUAUGAUUUGUUUUUAUCGUUUUAUGCAGAUAAUUAAAGUUAUUUUGGAAUCAAUCUUUAUUUUAAUGAAACUGUUUGAAGAGAAUUCACUGUUAUAACCUUUUGUUGCAUGAUUUUGGUUUAUGUGCUUCAGGUGAAAGGAAAUGUUAUGCUUCAUAUUUAGAAAUAUAUAACCAGUUUAAAUGUUGCAGGUUUAUUUUAGACCAUUGUAUACUGUUUAUUAAAAAAUGUGCAUGUGUUUUCUUAAAGGUUUAAUAUCAUGAAUAGUUGUGAAGAAACAAUGAAGUUCAUACCAGAAGUUUAAACUGCUUAUUAUUGCUUUUAGUGUUAUUUUGGAUCAUAAAAUGAUUGUAGAUCUGUUUUAAUAGCAUCAUAUGUAUAAUAAAUAGAGAUUAUAUUGCUAUCAAUAGAUAUUGAAAGUGCUUUUGGCAAGCUUUGUGUUGACAAAUUCUGAACACACAUUUUAUUAUGCACAUAUUUUUUUGUUGUUGACUUGUAUGGAAAUGUUAUACAACAUGUCAAUAUUUUGAAAUUACUUUUAAUCUGUUUGUGGUAUACCGGUAUAUAUAAAAUAAAGUAAAUUACAAAAAAAAUUUUCUUGUUUCUUCGCAGUGAAACUUUAAUUUUUCUUUCAUAGUAUAUACUGUUUUAAUUAUUUAAAUGCACUUAAUUUCCACCUAAUCCUACUUGCAAACAUCACCUGAAACAGUUUCCAAAACUGUUUCUGGAUUCAUAAAUCAUAUUUAAAAGCAUUGGUUCUUUAACCUCAUGUGCUUUCUCAGCUGUGACCUUUUUUAACUCCUCACACAUGCCUCGCCCUACAGCAUGGGUCGCAAAUUCGCGGCCCGCGGGCCAAUUGCAGCCCUUGUGACGAUAUUUUGUGGCCCUCACCUUGAUAUGAAAGUUAAAUGAGUUCUAUAUGAAUGGCACUUUACCGUGUUGUGUGUGGAAGGUCCCUUUAAUUACUUUUUUUUGGUAAUUUUGUGUAUUUCUUGGGGUAAUUUUGUGUCUUUUUUGGGUAAUUUUGCGUCUUCUUUGGUAAUUCUGUCUUUUUUGUUUGUCACU